AUGUUUAAUACACUUAAAAUUCCAGAUAGUUCGAUAACUACACGUCAAUUCUCUUUAAAUUUAACACGUACAGAUUUAGCACCCGACGGGUAUACACGUGUAGUUUGGACAUCGAAUGGAAAAUAUCCCGGACCAAUCAUUCAGGCCAAUAAAGGAGAUAGGGUAAUAAUUAAUGUUUCAAAUCAUUUGGUUGAUCCAACAACAAUCCAUUGGCAUGGAAUGUUUCAAAUCUCAACCAAUUGGUAUGACGGAGUAGCUGGGCAAACCCAAUGUCCAAUUCCUGAUGGAAUUUCAUUUGUUUAUAAUUUUUCGACGGGUGAUCAAACUGGAACUUAUUGGUGGCAUUCACAUUAUUUGAGUCAAUAUAUCGAUGGUCUUCGAGGAGCUCUUAUUAUUCAUGACCCAAGUGAUCCUUAUUUAAAAGAUUAUGAUUAUGAAUACGUCGUUACACUUUCAGAUUGGUAUCAUAGUGUUUCCAGUGAAUUACUUGCAAAGAGAUUAGCUCCAGGUUACAGGGGUCGUAAUCCAAUUCCUGAUGCGGGUCUUAUCAGUGGUAGAGGUCAAUAUAAUUGUUCUGCAGCAUCAUCAGAUGCGAAAUGUAAUUCUACCAGUUCACAACCAAUAUAUAAAGUAGUAAAGGAUAAAAAAUAUCGACUUCGUUUAAUAAACACAAGUGCACAAACAUAUUUCUUCUUUUCAAUUGAUAAUCAUCAAAUGACUUUAAUUGAAGCUGACGGCAUCAAUAUUCAAUCUCAAAAAAUUAGUAAAUUACCAAUUCACGUUGGUCAACGAUAUUCAGUUAUAAUAAAUGCCGAUCAAGAAGUUGCUAAUUAUUAUAUUCGAGCUACUAUGGUUCAAUGUGAAUUUCCUCCUAAUUCUAGUACCUCUGAUGCUGAAACUAUCAAUUAUAAUUCAUCUAUAAAUUAUAAUGUUACAGGAAUUCUUCGUUAUGAUGGUGCAUCUGAAACUAGUUUACCAACAUCUCAAGAAUGGAAUGAUGAUUUCGCUACAAAAUUAGUUAAUUGUCGUGAUUUAAAUGAUAGUUAUUUAAUACCUUUAGAAUCUUCAAUACCACCUAAUGUUACAGAUAGACUUGUUUUCAAUGUUACUGUUUUUCCUGAUUCUACCGAUAAUGUUACCAAAGCAUAUAUAAACAAUUCAUCUUUUACUCCGGAUUUAACAUCUCCUUCACUCAAUCAAAUUUUAUCGGGAACAGAUCCUGCAACAUUUGCUACAAAUCUAAAUUCUUAUACUUAUGAUACUAAAGAUGGUUGCGUACAAAUUACAGUUAUAAAUUCAAAUCUAGUAGAACAUCCAUUCCAUUUGCAUGGACAUACUUUCUGGUUAAUAGGAUCUGGCCUCGGAAUAGACGGAGUGGUGAACGAAACAGCAUUCAAUUUAGUGAAUCCUCCCGUACUAAUUCGUUAUAAAAUUAAUAAUCCAGGAAUUUGGUCUUUUCAUUGUCAUAUCGAGUGGCAUCUUGGUAUGGGAAUGUCAGCGCAAUUAGUCGAAUUACGUCAAGAAUUUCAGAAUCUGACUUUACCAGCAGAGUCCAAAGCACUUUGUGAAGAAUAUGAAAAUUCCCAAAAGAGAUCAAUACCUGGGUUAGCUGGUGACAGAUAUGGAUUAUUAUUAAAAGGCAAAAGUCGAAAUAUUG